AUGUCUGCUUACUUUUCACAACAGCGGCGGAAUGUCAUCCGCGCCACUUGGCAAACUCUCUAUCCCAACCCUGCCUUCGAGACUUGCUUCUUCAUAGCCAAGCCGCCGCCGCUAUGGCAAUCGCUCAUCAAGCAGGAGAACGACACCUACGGCGAUUUGAUAUUGUUGGACCACCUGGAGGAGAGCACCAAGGUUGCUUUGUUCAUCAAGACAGUGGAGUUUUUGAAGCACUUGCUUGGGUCUGGAAAGCCAUCAUGGAAGUUCGUCUCCAAGAUCGACGAUGACAGCUUCGUUGACGCCGAGCGUUUCUACCACGAGUUCCUGCGACCGCGCAUCGAUCGGCACGCCGCCGCUGCUGAUCAGAACGGAACCCUCAUCGCCCGCCGCCUCCGCCUCGAGCACAGUGACCGCAACUUCAGCACCCCCGGCGGGCAAUUCUACACCCUGUCGUGGGACUUGGUCCGGAUCCUCGUCGAAACGCAGGCCCGGAAGCUCAUCACCAACGUCCCCGAGGAUGUCCUCGUUGGCCGCCUGCUGUAUGAUGCGGACGCCAAGUUCGAAUUUGUGGAUCUCGAUGAUACCCGCGCGUUUGAUGUGACGGAUGGUCUGACGAGAUUGAGUCAGGAGCGGGAAGAUUUGGGACCCAUGGACGCCGCGGCUAUUAAUCCGCAUAAGAUGAAGGAUGAUGAGACCUACCUGCGUGUGGCGGAAUUGUUUGGGAAGGACGGAUUUGUGGGACAUCCUUCUGGCGCCGUCGAAUGA